ACACGCGGUUUCCUCUUUGCCUCGCCUUGACCUCUUGUGAACAUGAGGCUUGCGAUUACGAGAGUUGUGGUUCCUCGCGCUGCCAGUGGCGUUUUCAAGAAGCGAAGAAGUAGCCUUGACAUCGAUCAAUCGGGGAACAAGAUGCAUGCACCUAGACGGAUUCAUGCUCGCAAGGGAAGCCUCCAAGAGCUUCCCAAUAUGCCGUUGGACAUUGUGUUUGAGGUUUUCUUACACUUGCAGCCAUUGGAUCUACUUAAUCUAGCACGAACGAGCAGGCCAUUUCGCUCACUGCUGAUGCGUCGAAGCGCGGCAUCAUUCUGGCGAGCUGCACGUCAGAACGUGGAGGGCGAUUUCCCGGAAUGCCCUAGCUUUAUGAGUGAACCGGCAUAUGCCAAUCUUUGCUUCAGCUCUCAUUGUCACGGUUGUGUUAAACCGAACGUGCAAACUGUCUACUGGGGCUUUAGAGCUCGGUUUUGCAAGACGUGCAAGCAAACUCGGCUCUGUCGUGUGAAACACUAUGAAGCUGUCUUGAUCCUUCCCGGCGGAGGCCGUUACUCAUGGCCAAUUCCCAGAGUCUCAGUUUCGAAAGGCCGAUAUGUGUAUCGCCGUUCCGAUAUAGAAGCUUUUGAAACUGCCUUGCUGGCCGUUGAUGAAAGCAAGAGGAAGAGUGUUUUCCAGGAACAAACUGAAUAUUGGGAGGCUGUCUCUGAGCAUAUGGAUGAAUGCCAACGUUGGGAUGAAGCUCUGAAGACUAAACGUUCCGAAGAAUUGCAAGACAAACGAGAUGAUCGUCUUGAAGCAAUCCUGGAAAAGCUCCGAGAAGCGGGCUGGGAGGAAGAAAUUGAAUUCAUGGAGAACGUUUAUUCCAUGGGUUUCCAAUCACUCAACCUCAUAUCAGCUGUGAGACGGCCGGGAGCCUUGACGGAACGCGUCUGGAAUAACAUGUUGCCGGAAGUGACACAAGCAAUGAAUGACAUGCGUGUUAAACGUGAGGAGCACAGGUUCAACCAACAAGUGGCCAAGCCUCGUAUAGAAGCCAUGAAACUGGCGAUGCUUGCCUUCCGUCAGGAAUAUGGCCAGAUUUUCCCUAGCACUCGUGAAUUCGCCUUCUUCCCUGGAGUCAAGGGGCUUCUCAAUGCACCAGAAGAAGUCGAGAUUACUGUCGAAAGCUUUGGUGUGUUGCGGGCCGAGAUUCCCAAGCAUCUAACGAUCUGGAAGGAUAGAGUGGACAAUUUGCUUCGAGAAUUCAUCAAGACCAAGCGAGGGGCUGCUGAAGGAAUUGACCCCCUCCGUCUCGCCAUUGGCGCGUAUUAUCGUUGCAAAGAAUGUGGCGAAGCGCUUUGGUAUCCGAAUGUGUUGAUCCACGCCUGCUUGUCAAAGUGCUACGACAACCAUGACUAUAACACUCUCUGCUAUGAGUGGAAGGAUCAGUACCGAUCCAUGAUUUCCGAGCUCGUGGGCGGAAAGCAUUGGGAUACUCACCACCUUUGCUUCGAUGUCAAGCCAAUUUGGAAAGUCAUUGAGGCGUUCGAAAUGGACCCUAGUCGCGCAACAACGGAGGACAUGGACCACUGUCAGGUCAGGCUAACUUGCAACCAUAGAAUUUGUACUUCGGAUGGGGUCUUGGCAGUCAUGACAUGGCGAGUAGCUAUGAUGCACAACUUCUCCAUGCACCUGUCUAACAACCGACCUUCUUACGCCAUCUGGAAGAUAGUCCACCCUCGUCUUGUUGCAAAGGCGGCAGGGCCCGAAGCAAUGCGAGCUAUUCUUGAUCGCGAUGACACUGAGAGGGCGGGUGAUGAAGCGUGGGGUUGUAUGCGAUGCCUAGCCUUCGACGGUCGACAUAAAAGGCAACAAGUGUAUGAGCACCUGCAAGACGUCCACGGUGCUGCAACACCAGGUCCUGCGGAUGUCUUCUACAACCUGGACUCUACUGACUCGCAUCAUCCUCAUGAUACAUAUCUGAUACAACCCAACAGCUCCACUGGUUCAAUGGAGAUGGACGAGUUUUUUGAAGAUGCGCUCGCAAGUGGUGUAGCCGCCUACGACAGUUUAGACGAGGACGAAGAUUGAUUUUGCGUGGAGGCAUUGUCUCCAGCAGAUAGUGCCGGCGGUCUGGCAUAGAGGUUUGUAGAGGUAGUACCUGGCGGAAACAAAUCUUUCAAUAUCCUUAAAUAACUGCACAGUGUUUCGUUCCUCGUUCCUACACUGGGGAUCCGUUUCAUAGUGCCCUCAAUAUGUAUCUUGUACUAUAUUCUACCCAUAUGCACAUGCCAUACAUCGAGAUUCUCGGCGUCC